UUCACCCGCGGAUCGGUCCGCUGCUCGCCUAACGGGACCGUCCUGGAGCAACGGGCCCUGGGUCCCAUCUGCCCCGACCCGAGCGUCCAGCCAACCGCCUGCCGGGACGAGUGCCUCCACGUCCGCUGCCCGUUCAUCCCGGACGCCAUCUGCGUGGCCGAUCCUUGCGACGACUGCAAGGUGGCCUUCAUCGACGAACAGGGCCAGCGGCUUGAGUGCACCGAUCGCUGCAGCUAGCCGGCCGAGACGGGCCUUUGUUGGGCCCUUUUCCCCCGCUACUUUUACAACGUUUCUUCCCGAUCCUGCGAGGAAUUCAUUUCCGGCGGAUGCGAAGGCAACGAAAAUAAUUUCGAAUCCGUCCAGGAGUGCAGCCAACACUGCGAGAAACCAGUGAACGUGUGUGAAUUGCCCAAGGAGCCGGGCAUGUGCCGGGCGAAUUUCCCUCGCUGGGCUUAUAAUCCGGAGACUCAGCUGUGCGAGAAAUUCUCGUUCGGCGGAUGCGGAGGCAACGCCAACAACUUUCACAGUUACCAGCAGUGCGCCAGCCGCUGCCCGGACUUGGUCCUCUGCCCGCAGCAGUCGCCGAUGCUGGGCGAGAUCAAGUCGUGCAGCCGUAACGAGGCCUGCGCCGGACAGACGUGCGCCAACCAUCCGGAAGCUGCUUGCUCCGUCGAUCCCUGCACCUGUCAGGCCGUCUUUGUCGGCGCAGACGGACAGGCCGUCAAGUGCCUGGCUCAAGUCGAGCCGGCCGUCCUCCAAGCCGAGCCCCGCCACGCCUUCCACGACGUCCAGCCGGAAGUCAAAGAGUCGACGACAACAACAACCACGACAACAACUACCACCACCAGCCCAACAACCACCACAACAACAACGACGGAAGCCCCAACAACAACGACGACAACUACAAAAACAGUGGGUCUAUCUCCUGCCCAGCAGCGCGGUAAAUCGCUGGCCCAUCCGCACUACACCCGGUGCCAGAAGAUGCGGCAGACGCAACUGAAGGAAGGCGGUGGCGGCCAGAGCGGCGAAUUGAUUCCGGAAUGCGACCACCUGGGCCGGUUCCAGCCGAUCCAGUGCCUGCCGGCCAAGUCCAACAGCGGCCAAGUCAGCUGCUGGUGCGUCGACGAAGCCGGAAAUCAGGUGGCCAACACCACCCAGUUCCUCCCCGGAGACAUGCCGUCUGGUGCCAGUGAUGGUCGUGGCGAUGACCCUGGGAUUCCCGGCCAUGGACCACGCCCAGGAGCAAAUGGAGAAGGAAGUGCGUCAGCAGGUGGGCGAGAUCCUCAACGGCCUGUCGGCCCGCACCAUGGAGUCGACCCUCCAGGUCAAAUCCCGUCAGGACGGAACGGUCCUGACCUUCACGCUGGUCGGCGACAACAAGAUCGACGUCGCCUCCCACCUCGAGGAUAUGGUGAAAUCGGGCCACUUUGCGCUGGAAAUGGACGGGCACACGAUGCCCUCCGACAGCACGUCGUCGAAAUUCUACCACAAACUCGACUCGACUCAUCUCAGAGUGGCCGCCACUAAAGAGGAGAGCAGCGACCUGCUGUACCGCAGCCUGGAAACGCGGGAAAUUCUGGCCCAGGCCCUGGACAUCGAGGCCCCUUACCUGGCCAUUAUUGUCGUUUUGUCGGUGCUGGCCAGCAUUCUGGUUUGCGGGUUC